AUGAAAAUUCUGUUGCGGCCAAGUGCCAUUGUGCAAGUAAACUCCUCAUAUUGUAAACUUCGAGCUGUGCUGUCUUUGCCAUCCCGAAUCCCUUCCCUUCACCAUCACCCCCUCGUCACCACCACCGUUUCCGGCUUCACCCAGCUCGCACCUUUCCGCAGCAGAGCCUACUCUGACAAACCUACCGCUACUAUGCCUGAGGAAAUUACCCACCACACCAUCAAAGAUGGCUGGUUCCGAGAGAUCUCUGAGAUGUGGCCUGGCCAAGCCAUGAUCCUCAGGGUCAAGGAGGUCCUCCACCACGAGAAGAGCAAGUACCAGGAUGUGCUCAUCUUUGAGUCGACCGACUACGGCAAGGUGCUUGUCCUCGACAACGUCAUCCAGUGCACCGAGCGCGACGAGUUCUCCUACCAGGAGAUGAUUACCCACCUCGCCAUGAACUCUCACCCCGAUCCCAAGAGGGUGCUUGUUAUCGGCGGUGGAGAUGGUGGCGUGCUCCGCGAGGUCGUCAAGCACGAGUGUGUCGAGGAGGCUAUCCUCUGCGACAUUGAUGAGGCCGUCGUCCGCCUCUCCAAGCAGUUCCUUCCCGGAAUGGCUGUCGGCUUUGAGCACCCCAAGUCCAAGGUCCACAUUGGCGAUGGUUUCAAGUUCCUCGAGGAGUACAAGAACCACUUCGACGUCAUCAUCACCGAUUCCUCCGAUCCCGAGGGCCCCGCCGAGAGCCUUUUCCAGAAGCCCUACUUCCAGCUUCUCCACGCCGCCCUCCGCGAAGGCGGCGUCAUUACCACCCAAGCCGAGAACCAGUGGCUCCACCUCCCCCUCAUCACCAAGCUCAAGAAGGACUGCAAGGAGGUCUUCCCCGUCGCCGAGUACGCCUACACAAGCAUCCCCACUUACCCUUCAGGCCAGAUCGGCUUCAUGGUCUGCUCCAAGGAUGCCAGCCGCAAUGUCAAGGAGCCUCUUCGCAAGUGGACUGUUGAGGAGGAAGAGAAGCUCUGUCGAUACUACAGCGCCGACAUCCACAAGGCUGCCUUUAUUCUCCCCAACUUUGCCAAGAAGGCCCUCGACGUAUAG